UACAGAUUACAGAAGAUAUGGAUCGGUCUGCAAGAGAAAAAAGAGAGUGAAGAUGGGGGCUCUCCUCUUCCGGCAGCAGCAGGAGGCGGCAUGGUUCGUCUCGCUCGCCAUCCUUGGCGCUCUGCACGUCGCUGCCGUCGCCUUCCGCAUCCUCUCCCACUUGCUCUUGCUGCUGCGCCGCCCCACUGACCUCUGCCACCGCUACGGCGCCUGGGCCGUGGUAACCGGCCCCACGUCCGGCAUGGGCCGCUCCGUCGCCCUCGAGCUCGCCCGACGCGGCAUCAACCUCGUCCUCGUCGGCCGCGACCCUGCCAAGCUCAAGGACAUCUCGGACAACAUCUCUUGCACCUACGCCGUGCAAACCAAGAUCGUCGUGGUCGACCUCGCCCUCAUCGCCACGCCUCAAGGUGAUGAGGCGCUGCGGCUGCUCCGGCAUGCGGUGGCGGGGCUCGACGUUGGGGUGCUGGUAAACAACGCCGGCCUAGCGAAGCCCUGCGCGGUGUAUCUGCACGAGGCGGACGUGGAGGCCUGGGUGAGGAUGAUCCGGGUGAACCUGUGGGCGCUGACUGAGGUGACGGCAGCAGUGCUGCCGGGGAUGUUGGAGCGGGGCAGGGGUGCCAUCGUCAACAUCGGCUCCGGGACCACCCUGACCAUCCCGUCGUUCCCGCUCUUUUCCAUCUAUGCCGCGUCCAAACGGUACGUUGCUCAGUUGUCCAGGAGCCUUCACGUUGAGUACAGGGCCAGAGGAAUCGAUGUACAAUGUCAGGUGCCGUUGUUCGUGGAGACCAACAUGACGUUGGGGGCGACAGCAUCCCGCAAGCGACGAAGCUUCUUGUCCCGGCUAAUCAUGCCGACCUCGGAUGAGUAUGCCAGAGCGGCGGUGUGCUGGAUCGGGCAUGGCCCGCUCUGCAUGCCUAACCUGGGUCACCGGCUCGAGUGGUGCAUUUGCCAUGUUGUGCCCGACUGGAUGCUCGAUGAGUUGUGCCUCCGGCUGAACCUAUGGCACAGAGUUCGUUUCCAGCGCCUCAGGACGAUGAGAGCAUCACGGCCAAACGUCAUCAACAACGGAUGUAUGCCUUGCAAACAAGUCUAAGUAGUUUGUCCUGCAUCAUUUGGUGGUCUGUAUGUACACAUAUCUUCCUUGUAUUUGUUGGAAUUGUAUGUCUUAGAGGCAAUCAUUAUUUAUUUAUAUUGUCCACGAUCAUUAUCACUGAUAUAUAUCAA